UGUGGCGGCUGGAGGUGGUGGCGGCGGCGGCGGCGGCGGCGGCGGCAGCGGCGGUGGCGACACGUCCCAGCCGGACUGAGUCUCCGCCGUCCUGAGCAGGCCUGGAAUGGGUAAUGGUGUGAAGGAAGGCGUGGUGCGUUUGCGUGACGAUGCCGAGCCCGUCUUGCCCGCGCAUGUCUCCUCAAAGAGUGAUCACAGGCAAGUUCUCAGCUCCCUUCUGUCUGGGGCACUGGCUGGUGCUCUUGCCAAAACAGCUGUAGCUCCCCUGGACCGAACCAAAAUCAUCUUCCAAGUGUCCUCAAAAAGAUUUUCUGCCAAGGAGGCCUUCAGGCUCCUCUACUUCACCUACCUCCACGAGGGCUUCUUGAGCCUGUGGCGCGGCAACUCGGCCACCAUGGUGCGUGUGGUGCCCUACGCCGCCAUCCAGUUCAGCGCGCACGAGGAGUACAAACGCCUCCUGGGCAGCUACUACGGCUUCCGCGGAGAAGCCCUGCCGCCUUGGCCCCGCCUCCUCGCGGGCGCGCUGGCUGGAACCACGGCCGCCUCGCUGACCUACCCGCUGGACCUGGUCAGAGCGCGGAUGGCUGUGACCCCAAAGGAAAUGUAUAGCAACAUCUUUCACGUCUUCAUCCGCAUCUCGAGAGAAGAGGGGCUGAAGACCCUCUACCACGGAUUCGUUCCGACCGUGCUGGGAGUCAUUCCCUACGCCGGCCUGAGCUUCUUCACCUAUGAGACCCUCAAGAGCCUGCACCGAGAGUACAGCGGCCGCCCGCAGCCCUACCCCUUUGAGCGCAUGAUUUUCGGGGCCUGCGCUGGCCUCAUCGGGCAGUCUGCCUCUUACCCGCUGGACGUGGUGCGGCGGCGCAUGCAGACGGCCGGCGUCACAGGCCACCAGCGCACCUCCAUCGUGCGCACCAUGCGCACCAUCGUGCGGGAGGAGGGCGUGGUGCGCGGCCUCUACAAGGGCCUGAGCAUGAACUGGCUCAAGGGCCCCAUCGCCGUGGGCAUCAGCUUCACCACCUUCGACCUCAUGCAGAUCCUGCUGCGACACCUGCAGAGCUAGGGGCGGGUGGGGUCAGCCGCGCUAGAGCUUCAGUUGGCGGUGGACCGCUGACCCCUUCCGUGUCUGAGCCCAGGGAGCAAAGAUGUGCCGGGUUCCACGCAGAACGCGCACAGAUGCGCCUUGUGGAACGAGCUGCGGGCCUGGGGGGCCUGAGCUCACUGCGGCCCAUGUCUGAGGGGAAAGCCGGGGGCCCUUGUGCGUUGUUGGGACUGGGGGCGGGGUUCCCACGCCCUCUUCUUCCGGCCUCAGCUGGGCUGGGGCUGCCCCUGGAGGGGUUCGCUGUGAACGCCCUGAGUGGGGCGUGGCCAGCACUGCCUCCCGGUGUGUUCUUUGCCCUUGGACAGGCUCCUGGUUCUAGGGACCUGGUCCCCACUAGGCUCAGAGCCAGACCUCGCCCGCCCCUUGCUGUUCUGAGUCUGUGUUCUUGGGUGGAGGUAGGAGCGAGUGGGGGGAGCCCCAGAGAGUGUGGGGCCAAGGUCUGGCCUCCAUGAGACCAGCCGUCUACUCAGCUGUGGCUCCAAGUGCAGCCUCCCACCCUGCCCCGCCUUUUCCUGCCUUCACCACUAUUUCCCAGGUGACUUCUCCCUCCCCAGAGCCUGUGGCUUCUUCCAAGAGUGUUAUCCUGAUCGCAGACUCCUUAUCCCAGGCCCCAGAAUUGGGUCUUUCCCUCUGUUACCCCUCUCCCACCCAGUUCGCACGGUUCCCAGGAGGGUCACGCCUCCAGGCAACAGGGUUUGAGGAAUUGCCAUGGGUUUGGGUCUGAGUCCCAACCUGGAGGCAUCUGCCUGGAUUGCCAGGAAGCUCUCGGCCUACUCCACUGGCUGCAGUAAUGGAGGCUGGGCCUCAGGCCCUGACCCUCUGCCCCUGGGCGUGGGGGCUCCUGGGGGGGAACCCAUGGCAUCUUGCACAUUGUGGGUGCCCCACCUGAGCAGUUUCUUGGCUGGGACAUGGGGCAAUUUAAGGCCUGUGGGGUUGUCUGAUUUGAGCCCGAGACAGCAUCUGGGCUGGAGGCAGGAAGCUUAAAAGAUGCAGGGUCCCCCAGGGAGCUCGUCUCACAGAGUACCCCCCAGGGCCCACCAGGAAUCACAGGGACUCAGAAACACCUGUUUUCUAAUGACGUUUGGAGUUUGAUUUUUGCUUUUGUUUUUCAAUCUGGCUGGCCCUGGGUCUAGACACCGAAAACCCUAACCAGUCCAGUCUGGUUCCAGGACCAGGACAAGCAGUGGGCCGGUUUUCACAGUGGGCUCAGUAGCCAUGAGGUGUGAAGGUCUGAGGGGGUGUGUUUCUGCCACACAUGCAUUUCCUAUUGUGGCCUCCAUUUCCCCCUUUUAUUCUGUCCUGUUCCCGUUCUUGCCUUAGUCCCGUGGGUGGGAAGACCCCUCCUUCUGUCCUUCCUGCAUAUCUCCAGCAGCCAACCCCAGUCUUGUCCGCAGACUCUUGUUCCCAGGGGGCCCGAGCAGCCUGUGAUGGCUGUCCCGUGGGGUAAGCGUCACACCCACCUUCUCUCCCAGCCUUGCCCAGCGCUCAGGAGAGGCAGGGGCACCCCUCACAGGGAGACGGGAUGGGAACAUGAGGGUGCCCAGGCCGGGGGUCCGCCCCUGGUGGGUGAGACCGAAUGGAUGUCUCGGCAGUGCCCUCCUCUGAGCUGCAGGCUGGGCUGGAGCAGGGAGGGCCCCAGUGUUACCCGCCCCAGAGCGCCUCUCCAGGGUGGCUCCCACCCAACUGCACCUCGCCAGCGCCGACUCCCCUUACCCCCAGCCCUGCACACAGUCGGACCUUUGCCCUCGGCAGUCGUACCCCUCUCACUGAUUGCCUGGCCUGAUUUGGAGUUACAUUUUGAUGCCAUGAAGACACUUUGUUUAUACAUAAUGUUUAUAUAUUUUAAAGAUUUGUGCCAAGAGAGUAUAUUUAAUAAAAAUCAAAAUGAU